UUCGCCGGGUGGAGCUUGUGAACGUGGGAACGUUUGUGGGCUGCUGCUGCUUGUUAGAGUGAAAAUUGCUUGACAGGGAGGUGAGGCGACCUGUGCACAGGGGCUGACAGGAGAAGUUAGUUUUCGCCGUGUCGGUGGGCAGUUUUCGGGUCAGCGGGGGAGCAGAGCUGAGAACGACAAAUGAUUUGUGUGAGUCUAAGCAACAGGGCACAGAGCGAAAUGUCAGGGACUGUUAGAGCCUUGAGCAACGGGAAGCGCGACUAGUACACCGCAACGCGGAAAAUAUUCAGGGGAGAGAGAAUGCGAAUGGUGCGAAGAGACCGAAAUCAAAGAGAAUGGAAACGAUGUAGCGUCGCUGCGGCAUUUCAUAUAGCUAGAACUAACGUUAGAGUAGAGAAUAGAUAGCUAAGGAGCUAGCUCGUUAACUAACAUACAUGUAAAGUUAUUCCCCGGAGAAGCUGAAGCAGAGCCCGGAGGCGUCUGUUGAAUCAGAGGAGUUCAUCAGUGUUGAAAAAUCAAAGAAGACAGAUAAGAAGAUGCUGCGGAGAAGGCUGAACCGCUUGCUUGGGGGUGAUGAGAGAAGAGUAGACAGUAGGACUAUCUAUGUUGGUCAUCGGUCAUGUCCUGCCAAUGAGGCUUUCAUCCCACCCAAGUUCUGUGAUAACAGGAUUGUGUCCUCCAAGUAUACAGUUUGGAACUUUCUACCAAAGAAUCUGUUUGAACAGUUUAGAAGAAUUGCCAAUUUCUACUUCCUUAUCAUCUUCCUGGUGCAGGUGAUAGUGGACACCCCUACCAGCCCAGUCACCAGUGGCCUACCGUUAUUUUUUGUGAUUACAGUUACUGCUAUUAAGCAGGGCUAUGAGGACUGGCUACGGCACAAAGCAGACAAUGAGGUGAAUAAGUACCCAGUGACGGUUUUGGAGGACGGCCGGAGGAUACGGAAAGAGAGUGAGAAGAUCAAGGUUGGCGACGUCGUGGAGGUGGAGGAAAAUGAGACCUUUCCCUGUGAUUUAAUAUUGCUGCAAUCUAGCCGAGAUGAUGACACGUGUUUUGUUACCACAGCAAGUCUGGAUGGAGAGUCUAACCAUAAAACACACUACACAGUGCCAGACACGGAGAAGGAUCUGGAAUCUCUCAAUGCCACCAUUGAGUGUGAACAGCCACAGCCUGACCUUUACAAGUUUGUCGGUCGUAUGCACAUCUACAAAAACAAUCAGGAGCCUGCAGUGAGGUCUUUGGGCCCAGAAAACCUCCUGCUGAAAGGGGCAACUUUAAAGAAUACUCAGAAGAUCUGUGGUGUUGCAGUUUACACUGGCAUGGAGACAAAGAUGGCUCUUAACUACCAGGGCAAAUCUCAGAAACGCUCUGCUGUGGAGAAGUCUAUCAAUGCCUUCCUUCUGGUGUACCUUUGCAUAUUAGUGAGCAAAGCCCUAGUGUGCACUACACUGAAGUAUGUGUGGCAGAGCAAGCCUGGACAGGAUGAGCCUUGGUACAAUGAGAAAACCCAGAGAGAGAAGGACACCAAUCUUUACCUAAAGAUGUUCACUGACUUCCUGUCCUUCAUGGUGCUCUUCAACUUCAUCAUUCCGGUGUCCAUGUACGUCACGGUUGAGAUGCAGAAGUUUUUGGGAUCCUUUUUCAUCACAUGGGACAAAGAUUUCUUUGAUCCUGAGAUCCAGGAGGGGGCACUGGUCAACACUUCGGACCUUAAUGAGGAGCUGGGACAGGUGGAGUAUGUCUUCACGGACAAGACGGGCACCCUAACUCAGAAUAACAUGGAGUUCAUCGAGUGCUGCAUAGACGGCUUCCAGUACAAGUACAGGGACGCGAGCUCAGAGUUGGACGGAUUCUGUGUCACAGAUGGACCUGUGAACAAAGUACAGCAGAAAGCUGGCAGGGAGAGGGAAGAGCUGUUUCUGCGAGCCCUGUGUCUGUGCCACACAGUCCAGGUGAAGGAGCCUACAGAGCAGAGUCGAUGUCAAAUGGACGGACGGAUAGACGAGGUGGAUGGCUUAGGAGAGGAUGGAGAAGUGCUUCAAACACCGGAGAUGCUGAGGGGCUUUAUUGCCUCCUCACCUGAUGAGGUGGCUCUGGUCAAGGGUGCCAUGAGGUACGGCUUCACAUUUCUUGGUCUUGAAAGUAAAACCAUGAAAAUUCUCAACAGGAACAAUGAUGUUGAAAUAUAUGAACUACUUCAUGUGUUGAACUUUGACCCAGUGAGAAGACGAAUGAGUGUAAUCGUCAGAGCCAUAUCAGGUGAUACACUGCUGUUCUGUAAGGGAGCAGACUCUUCCAUCUUCCCCCGCGUUAGACAGGAGGAGGUCGAAAGGAUACGCAUGCAUGUGGAGCGUAAUGCAACAGAGGGCUACCGAACACUGUGUGUGGCCUACAAGUAUCUUAGCGCAGAGGAGUAUGCCCAAGCAGAUGCAGGAUUGAGGGAAGCUAGACUGGCUCUGCAGGACAGAGAGCAGAAGCUAAUGGCUGUUUAUAACCAAGUGGAGACUGGAAUGAGCCUGAUUGGAGCUACAGCUGUCGAAGAUAGACUUCAGGAGGAGGCAGCGGAAACCAUGGAAGCUCUUCAGGGAGCAGGCAUGAAGGUUUGGGUCCUAACGGGGGACAAAAUGGAAACAGCAAAGUCCACCUGCUAUGCUUGUAGAUUGUUCCAGAGGAACACAGAGCUGUUGGAGCUAACAGUCCGUACUCUAGAGGAUGGAGGGAGGAGGCGUGAGGAGCGGCUGCAUGAGCUCUUGCUUGAAUAUCACAAGAAAGCUGUACAGGAUGCUCCCCCUGUAAAGGCUGGCGUCACCAGGAGUUGGUCUUUGACCAACCAGGAUUAUGGUUUUAUCAUAGAUGGAGCCACUCUGUCGAUGGUGCUCAACUCAUCCACCGAGUCCAACUCAAGUCGCUACAAGAACCUGUUCCUGCAGAUUUGUCAGAACUGCACAGCUGUGCUCUGCUGCCGCAUGGCUCCUCUACAGAAGGCACAGAUUGUGAAAAUGGUAAAGAACUCCAAAGGCUGCCCAAUUACCCUCUCCAUUGGAGAUGGAGCCAAUGAUGUCAGCAUGAUUUUAGAAGCUCAUGUUGGCAUUGGCAUUAAGGGCAAAGAAGGCCGGCAGGCAGUGAGGAACAGUGACUAUGCCAUCCCCAAACUCAAGCACCUUAAGAAACUUUUGUUGGCUCAUGGGCAUCUCUACUACGUUCGCAUUGCACACCUCGUCCAAUAUUUCUUUUACAAGAAUCUUUGCUUCAUCUUACCGCAGUUUUUGUACCAGUUCUUCUGUGGCUACUCUCAGCAACCCCUGUAUGAUGCGGCCUAUUUGACGAUGUACAACAUCUGCUUCACCUCCAUGCCCAUCCUGGCUUACAGCCUUUUGGAGCAGCACAUCUGCAUGGAGGUUCUCCUGGACAAUGCUACCCUCUACAGAGAGAUUGCUAAGAAUGCUAUGCUACGGUGGGGACCAUUCCUCUACUGGACGUUGCUGGGAGUCUUCCAUGGUUUGCUCUUCUUCUUUGGUGUUCGAUAUUUGUUCAGCAACCCAGCCCUGCAGGAUAAUGGCCAGGUUUUUGGGAACUGGUCAUAUGGAACGAUUGUAUUCACUGUUCUUGUCUUCACUGUGACGCUAAAGCUCGCUCUGGACACACGGCAUUGGACAUGGAUCAACCACUUUGUUAUCUGGGGUUCCCUGGCCUUCUAUGUGUUUUUCAGCUUCUUCUGGGGAGGAAUAAUAUGGCCUUUCCUGAGGCAGCAGCGUUUGUACUUUGUGUUUGCCAACAUGCUGAGCUCGGUGUCGGCCUGGCUGGUCAUCAUCCUGCUCAUCCUGCUCAGCCUACUGCCAGAGAUCCUGCUUGUGGUGUUCCGCAAGCCUCGCGGCCCCCACUCUCGACAGAAGAAGCUGUCUCAGUCGAGCGCUGGGGGCCUCCAGUCUCCCCGGUCUUCAGCCAGGCCCCUGCUCAUGAGAACCUUUUCAGAUGAGUCGAAUUCUGUCAUUUAAACAGGUACUAGCCCACUUUGAGGACGUUUAAACCAAUCAAUGACUCACUCCCCCAGUCAACCGCUCCGGCAAUUCUCGUCUCUAACUUAUAACAAGGAAAUCAAAGGCAUAAUAGCACACAGGCCAUUUUCAAUAGGACCCAGUGUUUUUUGUUUUUUUUUCUGUGUGUUGUGUAAGCUGAUAUUGGCUGGCUGAAGAGAUGCAUCUUUUCCAUAUCUCUUGUUUUGUGUCAGCAUUUUUGUUGAAAUGAUCAAGUGGUGCAUUUAUUCAACAUAUGAAUGCAUCCAAAGGCUUAAUACUACAAACCUAAGAAAAAAAAAAAAAAAAAAGACGCGCUCCUUUCAGCCUUCCUUUGGAUGCCCGGCUUAUAUUAUCUUCUGCAUGUGCUUCUGAACCCCAGUUUUAAAUGUUAUCAAUUUCAGUCCAUCUCAUAGUUGGACAAGGAGUGUCUGAGUGUGAGCCGUCGGUGUCAGUUUUUGUCCUCUCUGGCAGUGUGAAACAACAGAUCUGGUGUGUGUUUAUAGCUUCUCCGCUUUCUGAAAUCCGUGUGCCGUUUGUGACGUGGUGGUUCGGUCAUGGUCGUGUUCUCCCGUGUGCACAUCCAAAUCUGUGUUGGUGGUUUUGCUUGUCUGCUAACUGUCUUGGCAAGUAAUGGAUGCAUUUCUGAUUGCAACGCUUGACUCAGUGCAUGAUGUGAUGUCAGUGUAACCGCACACUGAAUGCUGCUGCAUUAUGGGGGAUAGACAAGAAAAUAAUGAAAACAAACCAAAAAUGAUAACGGCCAUAGAUCUUAUGUUUAAAUACAGGAGGAUGAAAAUGUUCAAUGAUAGCAAAUGCAUAAUAAGACAUUAUGGACCAGUGCAGCCAAGAUAUGAAAUGUAUAUCAUGAUUGUCACAGAUUGUACAUUUCAGUAUUGGACAAAUAGAAAUUGAGGUCAUAAUUAUCAGAUGUUACUUCAUUCUGGUGUUUCUUUUGCAAAAAAAACCCAUUUUGUUUCAAAAAGUGACUUUACCAAAAUGAGUUUCUGUUUCGCAUUGUCACUUUUCAUCCCCAGGUCUUUGUCAAUCUAGACAAGAAAACCUGAGCUGGUUGUUUGACCGACCAGCUGCUUAUCUGGCUGUACCCUGUGAAUAAAAGGGUCCCGAUGUGAUCAAGUAGUCAUUGCUGGAAAUACAAAAAAAAUCACUUCCUUAAUAAUAAAUGAGCAUUUUAUUGUCAUUUCAGGAUGAAUUUCAAAAAUUCAGAAAUAGAUGAAUUCAUUUUUGUGGUUUUAUUAUAUAAUUCCUAUGAUAAUGCUGUAAUGUCUUAUUAAAAUGAUGCAAAUUUUGUCUUUGUCCAUAAAUAACAAUAAUGAAAACAAUGUGUUCCAUGAACACACUAGUUCUGAGGUGGAAGGGCAUCUCUAGACCUCACAUUGUGUCAGAUGUCCUCAGGUAUUUUCAGUUUUUUUGUCAACCCCCCAGCAGGUACGAUUGAAUGCACCACUUUCCAUCAGUGUUGACCAGGGUCACCGAUUUCCUUACAGAAUCACAAAGCUUGCUGCAGCAGCUUUCACUGUUUAACCUGCAUUUCUAUUCUCCCUGUAGCUGUCAGAUGGUGGCUUCCAACAAACGUCCAGGUAAACUAAAGCAACAGACCUAACCUUCUGCAGUUCUCUAACACUUCAGCGGAUCAGUAGGCUCGGAUGAAACUGGGAUCAUUUCCUUUUCUACAUGAUUUCUGUUUGUCUGGUGGAGGGGAAGGUGUGAUUAUGCUGACUUUCUUGUGGCCAGUCUCUGCUUAUUUUGUGUUGAUUUGGGGUGAUUCCAAGGUUUCUUGUCCUCUUCCUGUUCUUGGCACAAGCUCAUGGUGAAAGCAUAAAAUAAAGUCUCUUUGCUUGUGCUUUCCCAGAUUGCAGCUGUCACACCACUAUCCUACAAGCACCUGAAGGAGCGCCAGUAAAAGGCCGCAAGGACUCCAACAACAGUGACAUCAGCCUCAUUCAGGUGCUGUUCUGGUCGGAGCUGCCUGCCAUUUGAAAGAAGUGAAGGAAAAAAAAUUCAAGAAUUAAAGAGACUUGAGGAGGGGGAGGGGAUGAAAAGUGGUUUAGCAGUCUUUUGACUCGCGUGUCUCUUCUCCGUCCUUCUCGGCCCAUUCCCGAACCUUACACCCCCACACGCAUGCCUGCAGAGCAGUGCCCUGCAUUAUUUUAUAAAGUAUCUACUCAGAUGACAGGCAUGACUUUUCUUUCUUCCACUUUUUUUUAAUACUAGCUUACAAAUGAAUGCAUACAUGGCUGCCUUGUCAGUAGCGCUAUUCAACUGCUGUGUUUCAGCAAGCAGUUGUAAUAUCCACUCCAAGAAUGGUACAUCUGCAUGAAAGAAGGCUCAAAAGAACACUUCACUCCACUGAUCAGUCACUGUAUUCUGCAGACUUUUUUUUUAUUAUAUCCUCAGAAUUUAUACUUUAAGAAGUUAUUCUACUUUACAGUUGCUACAGCUUUCAGUGGUUAUUCUUUAAACGGUUAUUGUAUGUUUUAGAAAAUACGCUCAUCAACAGAUCCAAGUUACUGAAUGUUCAGCUCAGAGCAGCAAACAGACUUUUCAUUUGAUAGUUUUUCUAUGAAUGAAUCGGCAGUUACUGUUGAGUUCUGUGUGUGAGAGGGGUUAAAAGUGGCCAUAUUACCACUCAGUCCAAAAAGUGUGUUUGUGUACGACUGAGAGCUAGAUUAGAGACGUUAAGCAUAUUUUGGCAAUGAAGCAUUGCUUGGGACAUGACCUAAAUCUUCCAAACUCAGAGAUAAUUUAAGAGAGUCCAAUUAAAAUGAGAAAUUAAAUAUAUAUAUAUAUAUAUAUAUAUAUGCUGUACUGUAUAUAGCUCAGAGAUGUAUAUUGGCAUCUGCUCAAAGCCAAAAAAGAUGAACGAUCAGAUUCUGUCCACACUCGUGUGACCUGAAAGUGACAAGUCGGUGUGCGUAUGUGUUUGUCUGUGUGUGUUGCAUUAGUGCGUGCAGAUGUACUGGAUGGGAACAGCCACGAAUGCCUGUGUGAGAUGAAAACCAGGAUUACUUGAACCUAGCUGAUGUAGUUCGGUUACACACUUUUCCUGCACUAUUAAGGAAACUGGUUUCUUCAUUGCAUAGACGGUCACUAAGGCACAUGACUAUAUGCCUGAGCGCACACACACACACGCACAUAUCAGGUGGAUGACACACGCACAGUAACCACACACGUUGUACACUUAUAUGCACACAUGCACUAAAGCCUAAAUGAGGUAUUUAUAUUCAUCACCCAUUAUAUAGCUUGCAUAUUUUGUUUCGGUCAGACUGAAGUUGGAAUGUAAAGAAACUGACUCCAGAUCUGCGGAGUCAGCGUAGUUAAAGCCACUGUGAGACUCUUGUUGCUGUGUUUGUCAGAUCUGCUGACAAACAGGAUGAUAGAGUGAACUGUUGGGCCUGUCAUUCCUUCCUUGUGUGUAGUGCUUCAUACAUUCCAUUUAAACAUUUCAUGAUUUCAGACACUUUUAGAUACUGUUUUGAAAUGUUUUCCUUCUUUUUUUUUCCCCACAAACAUAUAUUGUCUACCUUGCAUAUUUAUUGUUAAGUGUAAUUUUACUCACAAAUGUUAUAUUUUUAUUACAUAAAUCUUUUUUAUUGUGGAGAGUGUUCAGCUUUGUGCCAGUUGAGUUAGCCUGUUUUACUCCAGCCCUGAUGUGAGUCUGCGCCAAUCCCAUUUGAUGCUCUUUGUCAUGUGGACAAAGACAGGCAGUGUGAUACAGUGCAUCUGCAGAAUGGCAUACGUAGUCAUAGCGCCAGUUGGAGAUUUUAAAAACGAUGUUAUUCUCACAAAAUAUACACGCCUUUCUGCAUUAUUUCCUACUAAGACCGUCUAGGAAAAGGAAGAAAGUUGUUUUUUUAUUUCCUCUGUGACAUGUCACCUCCAGACUGCACUGUGCCAGACAUACGUGGUGUAAAGAGGACACACUGAGAGGGACUGCCUGCUUUAACAAAUGAAAAACCUUUAAGUGACAUCAGAAAUGCUAUUUUCAGAGCUUAGAAUAUGUUUGAAUCUAAUGUUUAGCCUGUCUAAAUGAAAGUAUAUAAAAAGAAUGGAUUGUAUUUUUAAUGCAACCUUUUUCCAGCCACUUUUUUUCUAAGAAAAUCAAAUCAAAAUGAAAAAAAAAAAAAAAGCACGAGAGGCUCUGGCUGUGGAGUGUGUCCCUGUCUGUGGUUGGGUGGAGGUGGACACCUUCAGGCACCUCAGCAGCUCUGUGUCCUACAGCAGGGGCCCUCCACUUCCAGCCCUUUGGGUCUCCAGCUUCAACACUCCAAACCUCUAAGCUGAAUGUACCUCUUUGAAACUAGUAUAUUCAAAACCUGAAGAUUUUCUGUAAUAAAACAGAAUGUUUUGAAGAUAAAAAAAACAAACAACUGUGUUGUCUUUUGUCUACACCAGCAGUGUGUCAGCAGGUUCUCUCUGUAAAUAUCUGUGAAAGUGUUGCGUGUGUGGUGUUUGUGCAUUUGACCACACGAAGCAGAUGCUGUGCAGUAAUGAGAUGGCUGAGAGGCUAAGCUGGAUCAGCUGAGUGGCUGCGUAUCAGGACGGCUGCUCUCACACUGCUUCCUGUGUGGCCUCACAUCAAGACAACAUCAAGCACUGUGAGUGAGAGGAGAUUUGCAUACAUGUACUGUAUAUAUACACAUUUUCCCUACUCUACAGUGUUAAAUCCAUUCGGAGGAGUUGUGGGCUGAGUAGGGGGGAGUUGAGCUGAGAGACGCUCUGUGCAGCAGCAUGUACACAAUGACACCCUUUCAUAUUUGUCCCUCGGUUUGAAUGUGAUGGUUGUGUAUUAAAGGCUGUGCUUCACAUGGGCCAAA